AUGACGUCUACUAAAUGUCCACAUACGAAUCUGAAAUUAGUUGAAGAUGAACAAAAUUGUCAAAUCGAUGAAAUGGAAAACGAUUUAGCAUCACCGGUUUUUCUUAAUCCAACAUCAAAUGAAAAUUCAAAAUUUCAACAAACUACAUGUUCAACACCGAUUUCCUACACACAUUUUCAUCAUAUGCCUGAACCAGAAGAAUCUGUAUUAGUCAAAGAUGAGCCUGAUGAAUUUAUUUGGCUUGAUUAA